UGGGGGCAAAUACUUUUUCACAGCACUGUAUAUACAGUACAUAUAUGCGUCACUCUUUCAAAUUUCAUAUAUUUUUGUGGGUAUUUCUUAAUAUUUCACACAGGGAAAAUUGAUUAGAAACUUAGUACAGCACAAUAAAUGGAUGUGAUUGAGGUAGCCUGUACGAUUUGUUAAACUUCAGUGUUAGGAGAACAAGCAUUUCGUUCGGCCGAUCAUACCCAUGAUAAGAGCAGCACAAGCAUAGGUGGACGCGUGCACACCACCAAUGACUUUGUAGCUUGGUGUCGCUAAGCUCUGCGAUCUAUGUAGCUAGUGGGCGUUCCUACUGUUUGUCGCUGUAACGUUAUUGGAGGACUGGCCAUAGCUUUUGAAAAUAUGAUCUUGGAUGAGACCUAACACUGGUAAAAUUAAGAUAUAAUUACAAUCUGACAAGGAAUCAGUUCUCUUGUCUCUACAAAUGUACAUUCUGCGGUAUAGAGUGUUCUAUAAAACAUGCAGCAGUGUUCAGUGCAUUAAAUCAUUAACAAGACGAUCAAUCUAUCAUGAAUGAAUGAAUCAUUUGCAUUAAGUUGACAUUUUCUCAACUUGUCGCUCUCCACGGCGAUCUCUGUCGCCAACUGCCGCGACAGCUCGUGUAGCUGGAAGUCGCUAUGCUCUCAUUGAAAAUGAAUGGGAUCAUGUCGCUGAAUGGGGGCGAUGAGAACGGGGACAUGAAUUACUUUGCCACGUUUUGCUGUGUUUUUAGACAUGUUAAAGAACUUCAACUUUUAAAAACGCAUCUCGAGACACCUGCGUUCUGCCUUAUUCAUUGCUCUGGUUUUUUUUUAGUGCAAGAACGCAUUUGGUCUAAACCAGGGUCAUGACAAGGGCUUAGGCCAAAAAUGCCACUGAAGGUGACAAAAAGGACCCCGAAAUUAAAAAUGCAGGGGCAAAAACAAAUGCCACUUAUGAUUUCCAUUUUUUUAUUUGUAACAUCGGAUAGGCCUAUAUUUCUUUUUCUAUUCUAGACCUAAUAUGUAGGUGUAACAAUUAAGGAAAGCAAACACACGCACUGCUUUUCAGCCAGCUGCGUCAAAUUAUAAAAACACCCAAACACGCAGACAAGCUUCGUGCAUCUCUCUCCUGUCUGCCGCUGUCUCUUCUCCUUAAAUAAUCCCUCCUCCCCUGGCUCUGCACAGACGCCGCUCGGCUCCGCCCUGCUCACCACAGUAGGCCCAUGUAUCACGUGAAAUUAUUCGAUGUUCAUUUAAAUUUAUAGGUAAUUGCUUAUCUGGUUAUUCAGGCUGAAUAUUUGACAUAUUUGAAGGAAUUGAUUAAUUUUAGGGAUGCUACAAUAUGGAAUUUCUGAGCCGAUACCGAUAAUUCACAGGUCAUUGUGACUGAUAACUGAUAAUUAUUAUUUUUAUUUUUUUGGGAUUUUUCCCCUUUUUCUCCCAAUUUGGAAUGCCCAAUUCCCAAUGUGCUUUUGAGUCCUUGUGGUCGCGUAGUGAUUCGCCUCAGUCCGGGUGGAUGAAUCCCAGUUGCCUCCGCGUCUGAGACCGUCAACCCGCGCAUCUUAUCACGUGGCUUGUUGAGCGCGUUGCCACGGAGACAUAGCACGUAUGGAGGCUUCACGCCAUCCACCGCGGCAACCACGCUCAACUCACCACGCGCCCCACCGAGAACGAACCACAUUAUAGCGACCACAAGGAGUUUACCCCAUGUGACUCUACCCUCCCUAGCAACCUGGCCAAUUUGGUUGCUUAGGAGACCUGGCUGGAGUCACUCAGCACGCCCUGGGAUUCGAACUAGCGAGCUAGCGAACUCCAGGGGUGGUAGCCAGCGUAUUUACCACUGAGCUACCCAGGCCCCCAAUUUUUAAUCUUCUUAAUAGUCAGUAGUCAAAGAGUCAAUUGUUUGUGGUUAUCAACAUUAUUCCACAGUUGCUGUUGAUUGAUCUUUACUUGUAUUGAUUACCGGAACAUACUAACAGGCCUCAUUUUCUUUGAACAAAUUGGGAAUAUGAUUCUCGGACAUGUUUUCAGAGGAUUCACCUAUUUUCUGGUUUGUAAUGCACUGGAUGUGGUCACAUAUAUCGUCCAGACAGAUCGUGAGCUGUUCAGUUGAUAUGUAUACUUUAUAGUAAACAUGUAUGAGCCAGUGCUGAAGCUCUGUGUGAGCUCUUGUGUAAAUCUGCUAAGCGUAACAUCGUACAGUAAAUGUGUUACAGAUGUUUCUAAGUAUCCUGCAGCCAAAAAAACUCAUCAGACAUGCAGGGAUUUAGCCAAAAGCCAGAAAUAGCUGCUGUCUAUAAAAUAAUGCAGCUUAAAGUAGGAUCACAUAACAUUACUUAGAAAGCCAUUAAAUCCAUGUAAAUGGAAUCUGCCAUAAUGACAUAAAAUGCUGGUUUGUGUGUUAAUACUACAGCACCAUUGAAACUGGACCAGACAAAGUGAUAUUAGCAGGCAUUUAGGGUCUGUCUGUUAAAUGGAGCAUUGCUGAUCAAUUAGACAAUUUAGAGACGUAUGAUGGUCGUCAAUACAAACUUUAGCGGGGGGGUGUUGGGUUUGUUUAGUUUGAAUCAUCACAUGGUCUCUGAUGUGUCUCAUAGCUGUGGGCUGUUUUCAGUAAUGCCUCGAUAAAAAAAUAGGGUACUGAAUGAUUGUGUUCAUAGUAUACCAGCUGGCCACCUUUUAAUCACACUCGUCGGAGUCUGUUUGAUUCAGACACGGAAAUCGAUUUAUAAUCAUGCUCAUUGGAGUCUGUUGGAUUCAGACUCCUAGAACUUGAUUUCGAAUCGUGCUUGUUGAAGUCCGGAUAGAUUAAGGGUGUGUUCACACUUGUAGUUCGGUUCUCUUGGUCCUCUUGGUCCGGACCAAAAAAGAAAAUGUUACAUUUAGUCCUGGUUCGCUUAGCGUUCACACUGGCAUUUUUAAUACCGAACCUAACGAUACAAAACCAAAGGCAUCAGGAAAAAGUCACAACCUGAUUGGACAGCUUUUAUGACGUAUAUUUUUUGACGGAACUUGCCGAUCAUCCAAAACAAUGCUGGCUGCUGGGCGACAUGUGCUCGUUGGAUUUAUAUAUGUAUAUAUGGUGGUAUUUUUACCAGCUGAGAACAAACGAAGAGCUAAUAAAAUGUGUAAAGGAGUCAAAACAGCACCAGGAAUUCCUCCGUUGCACACACAAAUGAAGAUAUGCUGCAAGGACGGCUGGCGGCAGUUCCGACGCCUGUAACGAACUGUAAUGGCACACAUAGCUCCUAUGAUGAGAAGAACCAGGUAUGCUUGAGGUUCCACGUACAGCGUUCUAUCAGCGAUGCCGUCUGACUCUGAGAGCAGUAGUUCCCUCAACAGUGUCGCAUCCUCCCCUCCUCCUGCACACCUGGACAAGCAUGUGAUGAGCGAGAAGCUGGAGACGGUGAUUUUCCAACUCAGACAGGUGACCCGGGAACGAGACGACCUGCGCAAAAGACUGGCCCUCUCUUCACCCGGCACCACCUUUGACGACUGCAGGCCUAGUGUGAAGUCGGGUCACGAUUAUGAGCGUCUGAAGCUUCAGUGUAUGAAGGCCAUGUCUGAUCUACAGUCUCUUCAGAACCAACACACCAAAACUCUGAAGAGAUGCGAGGAGGCCGUGAGAGACGCCGACUACUAUCAUACUCUGCAUGGGCGUGUGGUUGCUGAACAGACUCAGCUGCGAGAGGAGAUGGGGGUCGUGAAACAGAACUACUCGCAGCUCCUGCAACAGCACUCACAGCUGCAGCAAACCUGCGAUGAGCUGCGCCAUAUUCAUGACAGCGACCAAAGAGAGGUGUCAGACAUGCGCUUGCAACAGCAACAGGUCAUGCGAGAGAACGGCUCAUCUGACUUGCUCAAUAAACUCUAUGACACGACCUUAAACAAACUGGAGGGCAUAAAGAAAGAGUAUGACACCCUGAGAAAACGCUACAACGAAAAGAUGGUGAGUCAUAACGCAGACCUGAGCCGUCUGGAGCAGACAGAGGAGGAGAACAGACGUCUGCAGAAACAGCUGGAUGUUCUGCUGAAACAAAGAGACUCUGCACUGCAUUACCAGCAGCAAUACAGCAGCUCAGUCAGGAGGUUUGAGAGUCUCCAGCAGGAGUUGAAUAAGAUUUCUGCUCAGAACGAUGAGCUACAGAGAGAGACGGAUCGUCUUCAGAUGGAGAACACACGCUAUAAGACCCUGCAGCUGAAGGCCGUGAAAGAUGCAGAGAAACUGAAGGAAGAGAGAGACUCCGUGUUAAACGAGUACAGACUGAUCAUGAGCGAAAGAGAUCAGGUCAUUAAAGAGGUGGAUAAACUACAGACGGGGCUGGACGCCGCUGAGGCCAAACUCAAGAACACGUCCAGUGAGAGAAGAGUCGCCAGCGAAGAGAUUGAAGCGCUAAGACAGGAACUGAACACUUUUCUGGUGGAUCGGGACAGGGCGAUCCGUGAGAAGACAGAACUGCUGGAGAAAUACUGUCAUGAGGUUCAGGAUAAGGCUGAGACACAGAAAGAGCUGAGCCAGGCCUGCAAGGACAUAGAGAUGGUGCGAGAGGAGCGGGACGUGGCCCGUAAAGAGAGAACAGAAGCCAUUAUACAGAGAGACCAGCUCCUGAGAGAGUAUUACCAGGCCAGACAGAAGCAGGACAGUGCGACUCUGGACAUGGAGCGUGUCAGUAAAGAGCUCGAAGUAUUGAGGAAGCAGUGUGAGGCCGUGUCUGAGGAGCUGCAGGAGGCUGUGCAGGAGGCCGAAGUGGCCAAAUGCCGCAGAGACUGGGCCUUCCAGGAGAGAGACAAGAUCGUCGCAGAGAGAGAGAGUAUACGGACGUUGUGUGAUAACCUGCGGCGUGAGAGAGACCGAGCUGUGAGCGAUCUUGCUGAUGCGUUGCGUAACCUUGACGACCUGCGCAAACAGAAGAAUGACGCAGUGAGAGAAUUGAAGGAGCUCAAGGAGUGCAUGGAGGAGCAGUUGGAGAAGGAGGCACGGUUUCGUCAGUUGAUGGCGCACAAUUCUCACGACUCUGCUAUAGAUACCGAUUCUCUGGAGUGGGAAACUGAGACGGUGGAAAUUGAGAGAAGUACAGACGACAUGGAUUUGAGCGCUUUGGGGUUUGAUAUUGCUGAGGGAGUGAGCGACCCAUAUUUACCAGGAGAUUAUGGAAUAUUUGUGAGCAAGGUGGACAAAGGAAGUAUUGCAGAGGGCAGGUUAAGAGUGAAUGAUUGGUUGUUGAAGAUAAACGAUGUGGAUCUGGCCAAUAAAGACAGAAAGGGGGUGAUAAAGGCCGUGUUCAGUGGGGGCGGAGUCAUCAACAUGGUGGUGCGCAGGAGGAAGUCUCUGGGAGGACGUACGGUCACCUCUGUUCAUCUUACACUGGCUGGUCACAAAGAUUGUGGUGUUGGGUUGGAGAGUGGUGUGUUUGUAUUGUCUAUUUCUCCAGGCAGUCCUGCAGCCAGAGAUGCAUCUGUGUGUCCGGGGGAUCGGCUUCUCAAUAUAAAUGGAAUUUCAGUUGAUAAUAAGUCAGUAAGUGAAUGUGAGAAUCUUCUGCGGAGCUGCAGAGAAUCGGUUUCUCUUUCCAUCCUAAAGUUCUUUCCUCAGAGUUUGUCGGGUCAGAGUAUCGCUGAGAGCCCACGUGACUGCGAGAGGAACUCCAACGGGAAGUCGACAGACCAUCUACAGCCCUGCAGGAAACAGCCAAUCAACAGCCACGCCACUCAUAAAGACAUGUACAGUCCCACCCACGACAUCGAUGGUGAGCGCAGCCAACGUUUGCCGCUGUAUUGCCCAGAACCUUAUCACGAGAUCUGCUGUCCGCAUCCAAACCCUAAACGACCCCUGACCUGUCAACCUGUUGCCCCCGGUGACUGUAUCACAGCAGAGGUGGGUCAGGACUGGAGAUGUGUCCCACAGAAGCAAAGUGGCGGCACUUGGCCCAAAAUGAUGGCUGUUGCAAUGACGACUGCCGAUAGUGUACCUCCGCUCUCUAUUUUUAAGACUCGAACGAAGCGGAAGUCGAUAUUUGACGCAGAUACGUUUAAACGGCCAGAAACGCCAUCCAAACUGGACUAUGUCAGUUUGUCUCAUAUGCCCAAACAUUCCCCACAGGGCUCCUGGUCAGAGGGGGUGCCACAAAUACCACCCGAUCCACCCAAACGCAGCGAUUCUUUCAAAUUCAAACACAAAGCGCAGGGAAGCUCCGCCUCCGAUUCAACCAUCACCACAGGCUCUCCCCCAGCCACACCCAUUCAGACCACACCCUGCCUCAGUCCAGGAGAUAAUGCCAAUCCUGAUGCUGAAGGUCAGGACCAGAGUGGGAAUGUUAAUCAGAGAGGGGGGUCUGGUGGGCCGUUUACAGAGGAAUCGCCUGGAUUGGGUGCAGAUGAACUGGAGAUGAGGAGAGGAAGACCGAACUCUGCACCUGCCCAGCGCCGCAUUCUUACGCCCUUGAAGAUGCCCUUUCCACAGAGCUUCUCUCAUGAUGAACAUUCUCCUGAGCCUGUGGAUCUGGUUCGCUUCUCCCCUUUCCGUUCAAAUCGUCAUAGUACAGGCUUCUCACCUGGACAACCACAUGCCACUUCAAGAACUCUGUCUCCAUACCCUGCUGUCACUGCGGUGAUGAGAAACCCAGUGUACACAGCCUGGAGUCACGGUGUCAAAACCACUAACUCACCAUCUGCUCCAGUACAAACAUACACUCAAGUCAGUCCACAGCAUCAGGGACGCUGGAGUGUGGAUCUCAACCACAAACGUCCUGGUGAACUCUUCGACAGUUCCCGUGGAUCAGUACAUAAUACCAACUCCCUGCCUUCCACCGCGAGACAAGGUUUGUCUCGGUAUCAGGAGCAGCGCAUUAAGAUCCCCACCACGCCUCGCUACGCCCGGUCCGUUCAGGGCUCAGACAGAGGAUCUCUGUCUCACUCUGACUGCAGCAGCCCCAGUCUUGUAACUCCACCCCUCUCUCCUCUGGACGCCACCUACUUCACCGGCAGCCAAUCACAGGGCUCCAUCUCCACCCAGACCAGGCUGUCAGUCAGCCCUGUGCCUUUAGGAGACAGAAGAAGAGACAGGUCGUACAUAGAGGAGCCACGAUGUGUCACUAUCCCCAAAGGGGCGGAGCCUUUGGGAAUUUCCAUUGUGGGCGGGGAGAAUGGAGGCAUUUUUGUUUCUAAGGUAACGGGGGGAAGCAUUGCUCAACAGCACCACCUGGAGUUUGGAGAUCAGCUCCUCGAGUUUAAUGGUGUUAAUCUGAGGAAUGCCACAGAGCAGCUGGCGAGACUUAUCAUUGGCCAGCAGUGUGACACCAUCACUAUACUGGCACAAUACAACCCACACAUGUACCAGCUGGGCAAUCACUCUCGCUCGAGCUCCCAUAUGGAAUCAUCCAUAAGCUCUCACUCGACACCCGGAACACCCGACACACACUCCAACGUAGAUGCACUCAGUGAACAUGACGAACGCAACAUGACCCCGCUCUCCAAACUGGCCACGCCCACAUCCAGCCCUCACAGUGUCGUCAGGGACCGGAGUGAGGGCGGGAAACAGGCGGAGCCGAGGCAGUUGGUGCUGAAGAAGACUCAGGUGGAUCUGGGCUUGAAGCUCUGUGGUGGAAAUCUGACAGGUGUUUUUGUGGAGAGUCUGGAGGAGGACAGUCCUGCUAGAGGAGCUGAUGGUCUGCAGCCUGGAGACGUCAUAUUGGAGUGUAACUCCGUAAAUUUGAAGAAUAAAACCGCUGAGGAGGUUUAUCUGGAGGUCCUGAAACCAGCAGAGACUGUCACCCUCAGAGUCCAGAACCGACCCGAACACUUCAGGAGGAUUAAAGACACACCUGGAGAUGGAUUCUACAUCAGGGCAUUAUUCGACCAUGUUGGUGAGCUGGAGCACGAGUUGAGUUUUAAGAAGGAUGAUAUUCUCUACGUGGAUGACACACUGCCCAGGGGAAAUUUCGGCUACUGGUUGGCAUGGCAACUGGACGAGAACGCACAGAAACUGGUGCACGGACACGUGCCCAGCAAGUGCAUGAUUGACCAAGACUCGCAGCGGCGAUUCAGCGUCACUGACAGUAAAGAUGACAGCAGUUCUGGUAAAACUCUCUCAGCCGCGGCACGUCGGUCGUUCUUUCGUCGUAAACUCAAACACAAGCGCAACAGCUCCAAAGAUGGCCGUGAUGCCCCUGCGUCCGACGCCAUCAGCACGGAUUCCAUGCCAUACAUGGAGGACUGUUUAAGUGUGGCCUAUCAGCGUGUACAGAAAGUGGAAUCAGCCAAUCGUAGGCCGGUGUUGAUACUGGGACCUCUGGUGGAGCCAAUCAAAGACAUGCUGCUUAGAGAGGCACCUGGGAAAUACUGCCGCUGUUUACCUGAGGGAAUGAAGGCGACCCAGCAGGCGAUUGAGCGAGGGGUCAAAGACUGUCUCUUCAUCGAUUACAAGCGGCGGAGCGGACACUUUGAUGUGAUCACAGUGGCGUCCGUUAAGGAAAUUACAGAGAAGGAUUGUCAUUGUCUGCUCGACAUCGCACCACACGCCAUCGAGCGCCUGCACGUCGUAAACAUUUACCCCAUCGUUAUUUUCAUACGAUACAAAAAUGCCAAGCAGAUCAAGGAGCAGAAAGACCCCGUGUAUUUGCGAGAUAAAGUGUCACAGAAACAUUCCAAAGAGCAGUUUGAAUCAGCGCAGAGGAUCGAACAAGACUACAGCAAAUACUUUACAGGUGUCGUUCAGGGUGGAAGUCUGUCCAGCAUAUGCACACAGAUCAUGGCGGUAGUGGACCAGGAACAGAACAAAGUUCUCUGGAUUCCUGACGGAACCACGUGAAUAAACUCACGACAAAAAUAAAACUGACUCUAGAACUGUCCACCACUAUUAAAGCAACCAGCAGACUCGCACGGUUACACUGUUACACAAACACUCCACAACUGCAGCUCUGAAACUCACUACAACACAACUAGGGCUGGGCGAUAUAGUGAAUAUUCAUGCAACAUUGUGAAUAUUGCAAUGAUCCAUGUGCGCUUUUUAUUUGGCCAUCAACUUUCUGAAAGACUAGUUUUGCGAACCGCGAGGUUUUAAUAAUAUCUUUCACUCAAACUUAUUUAACAAAGUCAGUCUAGAAUCAGUUUUAGAGUUUUUAUAACAAAUGGAUCUUUGUCAGCGUAUAUAUGUAUUUAGUUGCUUUACAUAUCUUUAUUUGUUAACCUGGAUUUCGGUAUGAAAAUGUCUAUAGAAGCUGGAAUGGCGUUAAAAACAAACAUUCAAACGUAAGUAGCAAAAUCGCCGAGUUUGAUUCAUUUCUGUGAAUCAGUGCAAUUCUGAAUCAGUUCUGAAUUAUGAAUCAAUUCAUAACUGAUACAACGAUCAUCACUCGUCUAUGUUCUCUUUGUUGCAUUUUUCAUGUAUUAAAAUGUUUAGUAAAAUAUAUAUGUAGGUAAAUAUUGCUGUUUUUUACGUUGUAUUAUAACUGUAUAUUGAGGCAUAUAAAGAAAAUGAUUAAAUAUAACUUUCCCUUGUAUAUAUUUAGUGAAAAACAAUAUUUUAACUAGAUUUUUUUAUUUUAUUUUUUACUAUAUUUUACUUCUUGCAUUAAACAUUUUGAAUCUUGUGGCUAAAACUGGUCAUUCCAUGUGACCUCAACCAGAGGUCCUCAGCUUAAAAUUUUGUUUUGAUAAUAUUUUUUACUUGUGAAAGAAGUCCAAAAAUGGUGAUGAAAGCCAAAAUAUUGAAUGCCAUGGAUCAAUAUUUAGAGUGAUCCAUUAUUUUGUAGAGGUGGGUCAAAAUAAAUAUUUCCGUCUUAUGAUUUUCAUUUUAUUAUUUCAACAUUAUAUGUACUUCAGAUAUUUGUUUUGUUGGACAAGAAAAAGUAGCUUCAUACCAUGUGAUCAACAUUUAGUUUUUCGACCAUUGAAAAUAGCUAAAAAUUUAACAUCUUUCACGAAGAGCCACAUUGAGAGCUCCAUAUCUCUGGGAUUUAACCACAUAGGGCCUUAAGAAUGAAGAUACAAAAAUAAAAUUUUGUUCUGGAUCAGAAUCUAAAAGGAUAUUAACCUCUUAAACUCUGGUGCAUUUUUGGGCUGCCGACUGACAUUUUUUACACUCAAAUAUAAAAGCUCACCAUUUAUACAUACUGUGGACUAAUUGCCAAAAAAAAAAAAAUCAAAUUUUUUCAGACAAAAAACAAAACAAAAAAAAACACUCAUUUAUAAAUAAUAUUGUAUAUGUAUACAAUCGUACUUUUUUUUUCAAAUCUUUUUUGUUGUUGUCGUAACUUUGUAAGCAUGUAAUUCUGGUUCUGUUCACUCCUUCUAGAUGGCAGAAAGCACUAGAAAAAAUAUAUUUUUCUCUAUCACAUUCCAUCACAGUAUACAGAUCUGAAAUAUAGGUGGCGCUCUAACGCAUUUUAGCCCUCAUAGAUGUGCUCAUCCAUAGACAUUCAGUCUAAUUUUCAGUUCAAGCACCACCCUCAUUAUUUCAUUGAAUAUCUCGGCCUCUGAGUGGACUAGAAGCUCAAUCUAGGUUUUAUUAGAAAGCUGAGAUCACCAGUAAUUGAUAACAUAUUAUUCCGAUGAUUUGUUUUGCAUGCUUUUCCUGCGGAACCGCAUAUUUUGUUCCGGACAUCUAAGAUAUAACAUUCGAUUAUUAACAAAAGCAAGCUCACAGACAAGUAAACAAUGGCUCAUUUUUUUGAGAACUUCCUAAAGUAAAAGCAGAUAUAAAGUUUUUAGCUAUUUAGGGCUUACAGCAGCAGUGAUCGCCUCAUAAAACAGACGUUUGUAUUUGAUGACUUACAGAAAUCGUAUUUCACUUUGUGAUUCUUUUGAAAAUCUUUCGAACUGUGGUAUUAGGGCAACAUAAUAAACUAUACAGUCACAUUCCUGAGAGUGAGAGCUUUCAUUUGAUAUAUGACUUGCCUAUUUACAUGCUAAAGACUUUUUUAUUCAUAUUAAGGUUUUUUACCCAUUACCUCUAGGGGGCGCUAAUUUGCGACGCAAAUGUAUACUGGCCUUAUUUUGUUAUUUUAUGUAAUAUAAAUGCAAAAGUGAUGGCUAACUAUUAAAAGUGCAGAUUCUAAACUUUCAAAUGAUACAUCAUAUGCUUGACAUAUGAAUCCCGAGACUUGAACAUUAUAAGCGUAAAUUGUUUCGUGACAUAGCGCCCCCUUUUGGGGUUAUAGGUGCUUAAACUUUGGAAAAGUGUUUUUUUGUUUUUUUUGUGCCAUUUUUGGACUCCGAUCAUUUGCAUAUAAAGCAGGUGCUGAAGUCAUCUGAUUUUAGUAAUAGCGCUAUCUAUCUCCGUUCACAAAUAAAAUCAUGAUGCUGACACCUUUCUAACAUUGUUUUUGUCCUGUAGUUUAGCUCCAAAAUUGGCGAAAAUUUUCAUUUUGACCCCCUUGUACAAAAUAAUGGAUUACUCCGUAAAUACUGAUUCAUGUCAUUCAAUAUUUUGGCUUUAAUUAUCAUUUAUGUUUAUCUUUCUUCAGAAAAGUUUUAACAAAAAAUUUCAGCUGGGGAAGUUUCUGAAAUACGGUUAAUUGAUCAUGGAAUAACCCAAAAGUCACAACUUUUAAAGCCAUUUCAGAGCAAAUGUAUAAAUAUGGCGAGGUGUAUAUCGAAUAUCAUAUCAAGGCUGAACAAGUGUCAAUAUUACAUUUUUUUUUUUUAGCUAUAUUGCCCAGCUCUAAACACAACACACACACAUGAUAUGACCUCUCAGGGUGAUCAGCUGAACUGUUAGUAUGCUAGUAUGCAGUAUGUAGUAUGCAACGUGACCGAAAAAGCAAUAUAUCCCAUUCACUGUUUGAUCUGUUUGCUCUGUGGUAACUCUAAUUUAUGAGGGCUUUUAUGUAGUUUCUGUUUACAGGGAUGAUGUUUAUGAAGCAGCUUACUUGAAUGUUAAACUUCAUGUAUCUGAUCCAAUCAGCACACACUAAACCAAGUUAUCGGUGCAUUGUAGUUUGACACACACACUCGAUUUACACUCGACAUUAAAAAUACUGACUCUAAGUUUUUUUUUUUAACUGUUUGCUGCGUUAGAUGGUCCGUUCACCCCAAAAUGACAAUUCUGUCAUCAUUUACUCACAAGGAGAUAUUAGGCAGAGUUAAAGAACAGCAUGGACAUUCUGCCAAACAUCUCCUUUUUGAGUAAAUGAUGACACUUUGGGGGGAGGGGGGGGAAACUGUGCUUAAGCUUUAAUGUAGCAGUUCUUUGAUUUUAUUUUCCUUUAAGUGUAUUUUAUUAUUUAAAUGAUAAAUGCAAUAAUCUGCUGCAUGAUAACUUUACUAUAUGCUCUGAUUAUUUUUACUGUCCUGUUUCUUUUUAACUCUUAAUUUAAGUGCUAAAUACUUACUAUUAUUUACUAUAUCUCCUUUUCGAAACAAAUGUGCCAAAACGUCUUCUCUGCUUUGUCUGUGUUUUGUUCUUCAGUGAGAUUUAAAAGGAAGACACCCCUACUUUAUUAAACCCACAGGGGGAAUUCAGAAGCGUUAAUCCUCACUUUAGUAAAACUCACCAAAGAGAGGUUUGGUACUACACUAGUCAUGUUAACUCAAACCUGCACUUGUAAAACAGCCAUCAUGUUUUCACAUCUUCACAUCACUUCCUGUUCUGUCCUUCGACCAAUGAAACGUGUCGCUUCUGUAACAUGAUUUUAAAAAGGUCAAGUUCUUCCUCUCACUGUCAACAGGGAAAAUGCAUAUCUGGCAAUAAUGACGCUAGUGUUGAAGUAGAGCAGAUCAUUACUGAAUAAUACAGAGUAUUAUGUAUAAUUCCACUUAAAAUUCUGUUUCACAAUAUGACACUGUGGUACUGUCGCAUUAAAGAGCUCUGUGAGAAAAUAAUUAUGAUUUUGUAAUUGUUGCAUUAAUAAAGACUAAAUGAAACAUGA